AUGGCAGAGCCAAAUAUCGCCAGAUCUUUGGCGCCUGCGCCUCCCGGAUUUCAGCGCAAGGCAAAUGCAGAACCUGCCAGGCAGCGGAAGAACAUAUCGACCGCCUGCUCUGCUUGCAAGACCCGAAAGUGGAAGUGCAGUGGAACAGUCCCGUGUGAGAACUGUGUUCGGAGCAAUACUGAGUGUAUUAUUGACGAGUCGAGUGACAAUCGUCGUCGACUCGCGGUGAAACGCAAGCUUGAAGAGCUCACUGAAGACAAGAAUUUGCUACUUCGACUAGUGGAGACACUGCGUUACAGUUCCAAUGAGCAUGUCGUCAGACUUUUGGACCUGAUCCGAAACAAGAACAGCUCCUUGGAUGAAAUUAAGGCUUACCUUGAAGGGUAUGUGCCAGAUAGCGAGAUUGAGACGACACCCGAGCUGCAGGAAGUCCUCGACAAGCUCGAAGAAAGAGCGCAAAAGAGGUCAAGUCGCCGCAUGUUGGACGUGAUGUGGCUCUCGCAUAUUCCGGUCGUUGAAGUACCAGCAACACCCUGGACAACUGUGACAGAUGACGACAGCCUGGUGUCGUAUCUUAUUUCCCUCUGGUUAACGUGGAGUCACCCUUUCUGCAACUGGAUUGAUCGCGACCUAUUUAUCAGAGACAUGAAAUCAAGAGACACGAAAUCCAAGUUCUGCUCGCCCUUCUUAGUGAAUAGUGUCUUAGCUGAGGCUUCGUUCCACUGUGACUAUCCUGAGGUCUAUGAAGAUGCAGAUGCACCUGAAUCCAAAGGCAUGCACUUCUAUAAGGAGGCAAAGAGACUCCUUGAUCUGGAAGAUGGACGGAUCAGUAUUCCCACUAUUCAAGGAUACGCCACCAUGCUGUCAAGCAUGGCUCUGCUGGGCAAAGAUCGCCUCGCCUUGUUAUCCCUUGGCCAGCUGGGACGAAUGGUAGCCGAGGCAUCUGCCAUUCAUCUGCCUAUGCAGUUGCAUGCUGAUGAACAUAAGCGUGCUGAGGGAAGAGCCAUUGAUAACACAAUCUGGGGAGUAAUGUUUUCCACAAUUUUCAUGAAACCCAUAGACCAAAAGAAACCCCUGAGAUCCCAACUACCCCAUGACCACAAGGAGGAUAUCGUGGCUUGGAAUCCUUACCCCCGUCAGGGCGAAAAGCAACCAGCUCAUCUUGGUUGUGUUUUCAACAACCUUACUAGACUCAAUGAGUUAAACGCUGAAGGCACUCGACGCCUGCUUAAAGACGAGUCACGGAAGCCGAUGUCUCGUCCGGAUCUGGAGACAACCAUAUCCUCUAUUUUUCCACGAUUGCAAGCCUGGUAUAUUGACCUACCUAGGUGCAUUCAGGAUGGACAGUCGACCGUACCACAUAUCCUAGUGUUGCAUAUGUAUUACCACGCCACGAUAAUGGUGUUCUUUGGGAUGUUGAAGAGCUCGCAUCGGUACUCAACACGCCCAAUGACUAUCACACCCCGUGAAGCGCGGGAAACAUGCGUCGAGUCGGCACUGAAAAUUGCCCAAAUGAUCCGCCUCUACCGUUCCAAGUGGAGCAUCGAAUUCAUAUCGGGCACAGCUGUGUAUUGGGUGUCAAUAGCCUUGUUCGUACUACUUGAGGAACUGGACGAUCCUUUCAGUCGGCGCGCAUUCAUAGAUAUCUGCUCUGCGACAAAGGCAUUCUCGAAACAGUGGUUUCUUGCGAAGAGUAUUUUGCGAAUGGUUCAGGUAACCGCGAGGAAGAUGAAUAUCAGCCUCCCACCAGAGACGGAAUCGUCGCUGAAAGACUUCGAAACUAGUAUAUGGCAGCAGGAAAGAAGUCGGAGACGACUUAGCAGCGCCUUUCCUAAUUUCACCCUGUUCUUCCAGCGUGUGACGGGAAUUGGCGGUGCAUUGAAUGAUCCCAUUGACAUGGACCAAUUCUUGGAGAAAUCGGAUGAUAUGAAGCUGAAGGAUAGCAGCAAAGGAUGA